UCUCGUCAAUUCCUGAUUCUGAAUCUGAAAGUUUGUCUGGUAGCUCGGCCUUGUGAGGAUCGGACGUGUUUGAAGGCUCAGUUCAGCGGGGCUCCGUAGGUCCCAAACUUGAACAAUGUUGAUCAGAGAAUUCCAAAUCAUCUUACCGCUGACCGUGGAAGAAUACCAAAUCGCCCAGCUGUAUGCCGUCGCCGAGGCGUCCAAGUCGGAGACUGGUGGAGGUGAUGGUGUAGAGAUUUUGAAAAACGAACCUUUUGACACCGAGGUGUUUCCACCAAAUCCACCUCUUUUAAAUGGUGAUCCUCACUACACGACCGGGCAGUAUACUCACAAGUACUACUACCUAUCCCAGAAAGUCCCAGGCAUUGUUCGCACUUUUGCCCCCACUUCAGCUCUCAUACUCACUGAGGAGGCAUGGAACGCUUAUCCAUAUUGUCGGACUAUAUUGACGAAUAACUUCAUGAAGGAGUCCUUUAGUAUAAUGAUUGAGUCUUUGCAUUCAUCAGACAUAACUCUUCAGAACGCGCAUCAAUUAUCCCCCAAAGAAUUAUCGGCCCGUGAGGUCGUUGUGAUUGACAUCGGUGAUAUCACCCCUUCCGACAAGGAUUACAACCCUAGUGAAGACCCUACUCGCUUCCACUCCGAGAAAGCUGGCAGAGGACCGUUGAAACCAAAGUGGUGGCUGAACGGCUAUACCGGACCUCUCAUGUGCUGCUACAAGUUGGUGCGUUGUGAGUGCAAAAUCCCUCUACUGCAAGGACGAUUGGAGGGCAUGAUCCAGCGUCAAGAACGGCGACUGUUUGCCAAUUUCCACAGACAAGUGUUUUGCUGGAUGGACCGGUGGUACGGGAUGACGAUGCAAGACAUUCGUCUUCUGGAGGAACAGACCAAACGAGAACUUGAAGAACAACGGAAACGUGGUUCUCUUCGAGGUCACAAGGGUGAAGAAUGAAAGCGAAAGAGAUUUUCCAGCAGGUCACAAUUGUCCAGAUUCAGCCCCUUGAGCCGGUUCCCAGCUAACCUGGGACUUUUAUCGCCGGCCAUCAAUCGGCUUCUAUUAUUCCCUCUUUUUUAUCUGCUCAUUUCUGCGCCCAAGGAGCCUGUGUCUCUGUUGGCUGUUCAACGUAGCUUGGCUCAGAUAAGUGACCUUUGACUUGGACUUGUAUUUUACCUUGGUUACUACUUUCUGACCUAUUAGAUUAUGGUCUUGUUUCGAUUGUACUACAUGGUUUACCUCCUUUCCCGUUCGCUCUACCACCAUUCCACUUAUUCCGUUGCCUUCACUACGAUUGAUUCUUGUGAGAUCGGUUAUCUCAGGUUAUCUUGGUCGUACGUGCUUGCUCCUGUAUACCCUUUUCCCAACUGUGUUUCUCUGUCCUGCUCUGAAACCGGUCCAUUACCUUGUCCGCAUUCACACCGAGCGCUACGCUUGUUCGAAGUCGUUGGCCUUAGCAAGCCAGCUGCUUGUUUACCUCCAAACGUCGUUUAUCGUUUCCUUCUUCCCACUUUUGUUGCUUUUAUUUUUGCUAGUACUUUGAAGGAAGGCAUUAUUUCCUGGAUAUCGUUCAACCUGUUCGUUAU